CCCUCUGCACAACUUUUGGAAACUGAAAAAAAAAAAAAAGAAAACAGCUCUUCCUCUCGCGAUAGUAGCUUGCUUAUGCAGCCGCCAUAUUCUGUGACAGUAUUUUGAUUCGUAUCUGCUGGAAGUGAGCAAAAAGAGAAAAGUGAAGGGCUGUCGAGGGGAGGGGGGGGCUGAAGAAGAGGAGCUGUCAAAAAGUUAUUCCCGAGUCUCUGUCAAACGGCGGAGAGCCGAGACUCGGUAUCCCUCCCCUAACGCUAUUUCGAGGACACACAAGGCCCGGGGCCUCGGUGCAGUUGGCUCUUCGUCUCCCUGGUAGUAGCUGGACUCCUCUCGGCUUCUCCUCUCCCAGCUCCGCGGCCCUCUGGAGGUCCGGCGGCGGUGUCGGGUGUUGAAGGCGGCCCGGGGAGCGGCGGCGGCAGCGGAGACGGAAAGGACCCGAUAACACCACGAGCGGUGGGAGUGAACUGAUGGAAUGAGCUGACCAAAGACAGAAGUGCUGUUAAUGUCCCGCUGUCUGUGUACUUCAAAGAGCAUGAUGACAUACAAUGUUCAAGAUGAAGGCGGUUUGCUGCCACGACUGACGCCCCAGUGCGCUGAACAGAACAAGCAGUCCUGACCUGGCAACAUACGAAUGGCCCAGGGAAGCCACCAGAUUGACAUUCAGGUUUUGCAUGACCUGCGCCAGAAGUUCCCUGAAGUACCAGAGGGUGUUGUCUCCCAGUGUGUUCUGCAGAACAACAACAAUUUAGACGCCUGCUGUGAAUACUUGUCCCAGGUCAGUCCGGGCUACCUGUACAGUGAAGAAGGAAACCUCAGCUUUUCUGACGACCCCAGCUUCAUCAGGCUUCGUAAUCACAUGACCCAGCUGAACCUGGGCCCGCAGUCACAGAAUGUGCACGUGUCCCCGGUUCGGGACGGCCUGAGAAUGAACGGCAGCCGGACUCUGGCCCACAGCCUGAGUGACGGGCCCCUCCCGACAGGCCAGGCCCCCAACAGUGACUUCUUUCAGCAGGAGCCCCAGUCAGCCCCAGUGCAGGUGCCCUCCAGCAUCAAUGUGUUUGGUGUGAUGGAGCCCACACGCAAACCGCAACCUCCACAGCACCUUGGACUCUACCCUCUGGGUGUCAAAGGAACGACUAUGGGUGUCCAGCAGACACCACGCUUCAACCCUAUUACCGUGACGCUAGCCCCCAAUAUCCAGACGGGCCGCAACACCCCCACUUCUUUGCACAUACAUGGCGGCCCACAGUCGGGCCUCAGCAGUCCACAGGGUAACUCUAUCUACAUCAGGCCCUACGUUAGCCAGACUGGUACGACCCGGCAGAACCAGCAGCAGGGAGGCAGGGCCCAGUACAGCCCCACUUCCCAGCCCCAGCAGCAGAUCUACCAGAUCUCACAUCCCCACUCCCUGUCCAGCUCCUGGUCCGGCCCUCAGCACGCCUCCUCCUCACAUACCUCACAGCACCAGACCCAGGGCCACCAGACCUCUCACGUCUACAUGCCAAUCAGCUCCCCGACAAAUCCCCAGGCGCCCUCCAUUCUUCCCACUGGAAGCCAGGCCUCUUCCUCCGGUGUCUCCUCAUGCUCUUCUUCCUCGUCCUCCUCUGUCAUGCCCACGUCCCUGUCGACCAUCAGCCAGUACAACAUCCAGAACAUCUCCACUGGCCCGCGCAAGAAUCAGAUAGAGAUCAAACUUGAAUCUCCUCAGAGGAGCAACUCCACAACAACAACUGCCGUGCUGCGGACAAGCAGCGGGCCCCGGUCCUCCUCCACCUCCUCCUCCUGCCCGUCCUCUUCCUCCUCUUCGACCGGGGUAGCUACUGUCCCCACCACCCCUCUCUCCAUCGGAGGCCCAGGUCUGAGCCGCAGCCAGCCCACUGUUUACAUCUCUGCCAGCCCGCCUACUGCUGCUACCACUCCCUCUGAGGAGGCCGUCAUGGCCUCAGCCGGCUCCCGCUCCCAACCUAAGUUUUACAUUUCUGCCAACGCCUCCAGUGAUGACAGUGGGGGUAGGAACCCUCCCACAGUCUACAUCUCAGCCAACCCUCCGUUGCAGGGGCCGUCGGGGGCCAGGAACAUGGGGGGCCAAGUGAGCAUGGGCCCCGCCUACAUCCACCACCAUCCACCUAAGUCCCGUGCCUCUUUAGGAGGGGGAGGCACAGCUUCUUCCCCACGCGUGGUGGUGACUCAGCCCAACACCAAAUACACUUUUAAAAUCACAGUAUCUCCCAAUAAGCCCCCAGCCGUGUCCCCCGGAGUUGUGUCCCCGACUUUUGAGCCCAACAACCUCCUCAGCCUACCCUCAGAACACCACUUCGCGGAACCAGACCCCCUCCAUCUCUCAGACCCGCUGUCGCCACACAGGGAGAGGCCGAGUGAGCCUCGCAGACUCAGCAUGGGCUCUGAUGAUGCAGCGUACACACAAGCGUUGUUGGUCCAUCAGAAGGCCCGCAUGGAGAGACUGUGGCACGAGCUGGAGCUGAAGAAGAAGAAGCUGGAGAAGCUAAAAGAGGAGGUCAACGAGAUGGAGAAUGACCUGACCAGGAGACGGCUGGAGAGAUCCAACUCGGCUUCCCAAAUUCCUUCUAUUGAGGAAAUGAAGCAGUUGCGAUGCAAAAACAGGUUACUGCAGAUCGACAUUGACUGCCUCACCAAAGAAAUUGAUCUCCUACAAACAAGAGGACCACACUUUAAUCCCAGUGCAAUCCAUAAUUUUUAUGACAACAUUGGAUUCCUCGGUCCUGUCCCACCCAAACCCAAAGGUACUUUAUCUAUCGACAGGAGAGGAUGUAGAUAUAAUGUGACCUCUGAGCUCAUGAUGGAGCCCUCCUCUGGUCCUCCCCCUCCUCUCCCACUUGACCCGGGCAGUAAGAUUGUGAAGCCCAUCGCAGACCAGGAGGAGGACGAGGGGACGCAGUGGGGCUGCACUGCCUGCACCUUCCUCAACCACCCCGCCCUCAACCGCUGUGAACAGUGCGAGUUCCCGCGGCACUUCUGAGCCAACGAGGCUGCGCCGCCCCCUCCUCUGCCCGCCUGUCUUCUACCAGACCAGAAUAGAAAAGGGCCUUUCUGUUUCCUUUUCACCCUAGUUGUAUGAAAACUAGGACGGGGCGUAGUCAUCGUGCAUCAUGCGUCCUGUUUUCCUUGAUUUUUUUUUUCUUCUUUUCUCCUCUCUAUGGUUUGUAGAAUGCUGUCCACUGAAGGCUUGACUGGAUAGUGUUUACAGCUUGUGUUUUUUCAUAAAGGCUGGCAGAGUCGGAUGAUACCUCACCUUCGAGACUCAGAUGGCGAGGGGGGUCACAUCCCCCUUUUCUGCUCGACGGGUGACACGUUAACCCUGGGGAUACCUCGCUGCUCCCACUUACAGUAUUAUGAGUGUGGCCCUGCAGUGUGACGGCACACAUACACACACCUACACACACACACACACACACACACACACACACACACACACACACACACAACACAGGUGCCAAUGUGCCUUUUUGCUGAUUACAUUUUUGUUUUUUUCUUCCUCUGUGGUGGCAUGACCAGGGGAUUGGGAACUGUGUUCAGCCACUGCUCUCCACCUGAAGGGAAAACUAACAGACUAAUCGUGGACUUUAAAGUUUGUUUGCUGUUUCUAGAGGAUGUCAAAAGGGGGAACCGGCAGUGUGGCUGCCGCUCAAACGUGCCUCUCAUCCCCCCCCCCCUUC